AUUGUGUUGGUUUUUAGAUGCACUUAUUUUCGGAUCUUUCUGGUGUUUUCAAUAAUACGGUACAACAAAUAAAUCAACAUGGCGACUCCCAGUGGACACACACAACCUCUUCCAAACGAACAAGAAGAAGAGGACGCUUCUGAAUUACUCUUUCCUAAAGAGUUUGAGAAUGCAGAGACUUUACUGAUAUCAGAAGUGCAGAUGUUACUGGACCAUAGGAAACAACAAAAUGAGAGUGCAGAAGAAGAACAGGAAUUAUCAGAAGUCUUUAUGAAGACAUUGAAUUACACUAGCCGAUUCUCAAAGUUUAAAAACAGAGAGACUAUCACUGCAGUAAGAAGUUUGUUGAUGCAGAAGAAGCUACACAAGUUUGAGUUGGCAGCUCUGGCAAAUUUGUGUCCUGAUAAUGCUGAAGAGGCCAAGUCUCUCAUACCAAGUUUGGAGGGUAGAUUUGAAGAUGAAGAACUACAACACAUACUAGAAGAUAUUCAGACUAAAAGGAGCUUUCAGUAUUAAUGUAUAUAUGUUUUUGACUAUGUGUUCAUUGAAAAGAAAGAUCAGAGAUGAUUUCUUUUAAUGUAUCUUUAUUUUGUAAUUUUAAAUAUUUUCCUUUGCAUUAUAAGAACAAAAAUGUAGAAAAGAGGCUAUAAAUUUUAAUAAUACAGAAUUUAAAACCUCCUCAGAUAACAAACAGUCAACAGUAUUUUUAAUAUGGAUUUAUCUCAUGUUUAUAAUACAUUUAUUUGGAAAUUUCAUGGUAAUGAAUACUUAUGAAAAGAUAUAAUGAUCUUUUAUUCUCUUUAAAGGGGCCUUGCAAAAGUUGAUACUAAAGGCUUUAUGAAGAGUAAUUUAUAUCUUGUUGAAAUGGUCACCUCAAAGACAAUGUGUAAUAUUGUGACCAGUGCAGAAUUUAUGAGGUUUUCAAUUUUCAUGAUUUCCAAUCACUGAUUCUGAGGAUUAUUCCAUAUGAAAAAGGCUUUGUAUAGUCUCUUAAUAUUUCUGAUUAGUUAAGGUGGUACCCAACACUUUCACUAAAAUUAAUUUGGCUCAUUUAAUUUUCAUAAAAUUUGGUCAAAGUUUUUACUUUGAACCUUUAUCAAAAAUAUAAAAAAAUCAUAAAAUUUGAACUAACAGUUUAAUCAGAAAAAUUACACUGGUUAUAUAGCAGUUUAACAAAAACUUAUUUUGAUCAAUGAGUAGCUUAAUAUUCCCUUAACAUUGAAGGACUUCAUUAAAACGUUUUGUUGAUUUUACAGAGUCAUCUCCCUGUAGUGUUAGGUACAACCUUAAACAUUGUUUCAUAUUUUGUAGUCAUUUGUCAUGUCACUUCAAAUUGUACAUAUCUUUUUAAAUACUGUGGAUUCAUUAUUAUUCGUUGGAUACCGUUUUUCGUAGACUUUGUGGGUACAGGUUAACCACGAAAUUAAAUGUUCCACGAAUGACAAAUUUUCCGUAGGCUUGUAUGUCGACUGUGAUAGAACAACGAAAUUAAAUAUCCACGGACAUGUAAGUUUUCCUCAAUCGACGAAAAUUUGUACCCACGAAAAUAAAUGAAUCCACAGUACUUUGGUCAUUGAUUAUUAAUCACAACUAAUUCAGGUCAGACUAGUUCUUUCUGUUACACUAAUCAUUGGUAUUUUCCAUUAAAAAGGACAUUUUCAACAAAAGUGACAGAUAUAUAUGUAGGUCAUAAUGAUAAUGAUAAUAGUAUAAAACUUUUUUGUAACAUUUAUAUGUUAAUAAAUUUAUAAGAAUCA